AUGAUUCACCAGAGCGACUUUAUCAUCGCCAGCAACAACAGCAUCAACGACAACACGUACAACGCGAAGAAGGCCAAGUCCGCCGUGCACCGCGUGAAGAAGCUGCUGAAACCACUGCUGAAGCUGCUGACGCAGCCCAAGCCGCUGGGCAAGUCCUGCCACAGCCACGACUUUGACUUCUACGCGCCGUGCGACGACAAUGCCGCCAACGAGGCGCUGGAAGCGCGCAUCCUGCAGGAGAUCGCGCAAUGCGAGAGCGACGCCGCAGUGUACGUGUACGACGACGGCGACUGCCGCCUGCAGCCGGUGAGCCGCGAUCAGCAGUUCGUGCCGGUGCACUUUGCGCGCACCGACGCCGGCACCUUCUUCUGGACCACCAUGGCCAAGGAGGCGGACUGCGACCUCAUCCAGCCCACCUACUGCUGCUCCCACUUCCAGCAGCCGCAACUGCAAGACCGCUGGGUGCAGGCCUAGGUCCGCGAUAUGAGAACCCUCAGCAAAUCCACCGUCUUCCGCGCUGGCAUUGUGAUAAACCCCACCGCAUAUCUUUAAGUCAUGUGAUCGCAUUGAGCUUUAAU